AUGGGGGAUCCACCGAAAAAAAAACGGCUCAUUUCGCUGUGCGUGGGCUGCGGGAAUCAGAUCCACGACCAGUACAUCUUGCGGGUUUCUCCCGACCUGGAAUGGCACGCGGCGUGUUUGAAAUGUGCGGAGUGUAACCAGUACCUGGACGAGUCGUGUACCUGCUUCGUGAGAGACGGCAAGACUUACUGCAAGAGAGACUACAUCCGGUUGUACGGGAUAAAAUGCGCCAAGUGCAACAUUGGCUUCAGCAAGAACGACUUCGUGAUGCGGGCGCGCGCCAAGGUGUACCACAUCGAGUGCUUCCGGUGCGUCGCGUGCAGCCGCCAGCUCAUCCCCGGGGACGAGUUCGCGCUCAGGGAGGACGGCCUCUUCUGCCGGGCCGACCACAGCGUGGUGGAGCGCGCGGCCGUGGGUCCCGGGGACCCGCUUAGCCCCCUGCACCCCGCGAGGCCCUUACAGAUGGCGGCAGAGCCCGUAUCGGCCAGGCAACCUGCACUUCGACCACACGUUCACAAGCAGCCUGAGAAGACAACCCGCGUACGGACAGUCCUCAACGAGAAGCAGCUCCACACCUUGAGGACCUGCUACAACGCAAACCCGCGACCGGACGCCCUGAUGAAGGAGCAGCUGGUGGAAAUGACGGGCUUGAGUCCUCGAGUUAUACGCGUCUGGUUUCAGAAUAAACGGUGUAAGGACAAGAAGAGGAGCAUUCUGAUGAAGCAGCUGCAACAGCAGCAACCUAAUGACAAAACGAAUAUUCAGGGGAUGACAGGCACCCCCAUGGUGGCCGCAAGUCCGGAGAGACACGACGGCGGCCUGCAGGCUAACCCAGUGGAAGUGCAGAGUUACCAGCCGCCUUGGAAAGUACUGAGUGACUUUGCACUGCAGAGUGACAUAGACCAGCCUGCGUUUCAGCAACUAGUCAAUUUUUCAGAAGGAGGACCGGGUUCAAAUUCGACUGGGAGUGAAGUUGCAUCAAUGUCCUCUCAGCUGCCAGAUACUCCAAACAGCAUGGUAGCAAGUCCUAUAGAGGCAUGAGUGGAAAGGACAAUUUCAUAGUUCAGAUGCCUGAAAGCAACAGCUGUCAGAAAGAAGGAACCAAACAGUUUGUGCACUGGUUUCUCCAUCCAAAAUGUACCCUCCUCUCAACUGCACGAAGCCUCUUUAUUUAAACAACCCCCCUGGUUGUGUUUGUACACUGUGAAGACAAUCAUGGGAAUUACCAAGAAGCUGAGAACCUUCUGCAUAUACCUGAGAAGCAUUGCAGAAUAACCUGGAAGAUAUCCAUGAUGUAAAUGUUGGGACUGCGUUACCUGCAUUACAGUUUCACGCGGAUAGACCCGAUCAUGCUGAAAUGGUGCUGCCUGUUGGAGCUAAGGUAAAAAGCUUGCCAAAAUAAGACAGAAAAACACAAAAAGCAUAGCAAAUGCUUGUGUUCCAGCAAAGAGGCGGACCUGGAAGAAAAUCAAAGCCAGAAAAACUGAAAAGGGAUGAUAUCAGAGACUGCAAAAUCUGAAAAGAAUUGAGAUUUAACCAUUGAUGUGCUUUUCUUGAAAAUUGAAAACCACAAAACGAACCACUCGAGGGGGAUUGGCCAUGAUGUUUGUGCAACUUUGUCCAAUGACCUCCUUAAAAGCCCAAGUACUAACGUUGCAACACGGUAUACCUCUAAUUUUGCCACAAGCUUCGUGGGAAUAUUCGUGUGUGAGUUUGUCUGUCCGUCCAAGAACAUUUUUUUCCCAAAGAUGUGUAUAGUUAUUGGUUAUAAAGAAACC